CGACGACUUGAUCUGAAGUAUACGCAUUACGUCCUCUAACCACUCCGAUGGCACUCUGAGGGAAUUUUGUGUUGAUUAAUUUGAGCGAGCAUCGGUGGAGAACGAUCAGUCUUUAAAUUCCCCAAUUCAAGUCACUUUCACGAUUAUGAUCAGGCGCAGCUCUCGUGUCCCCUGAUUUGGUCCGCAGCGCGAGCUUAAUUUCUAUUUCAGAUCGAGUCUUCCAGCGUAUUGAAGGGCGCACUUAAACAAUAACAUGUCUGACUUCCAGAUGUAUCAUGCCUUAGGGCAGGGCGAUCCGAAUGGCGAUCCUAAUCACCCUGGUGUGCAAGGCCAAGUGCCAACCCAGCAAUUCCACGCUGCUUCCUCGCCUUACUCCGUUGGCCUUUCCGAACAUAACCAGCCCUCACCCAACGUUUCGCAGCACUAUCAAUCACCGCAAUAUACUGGUCAGCAGCAGUAUGCAUCACAUACGGCGGCGCAAGGAUACUUUCCGGAGCAACCGUUGGCUCCCCACGGCGGAGUUGCGAGCGACGGCAAAAUGGUGCAACAGACGGGAGGACUGGCCAUGGGAGGCGAGGCCCAUGGAAGUGUGCGGCCACAUAAGAAGAAGGAUAGGCAUGCUUAUCACAAUCUUGAGCCGGCCGGUUCUUCCCAAGCAUUUAAUGGCGUGCCAGCGAACGGCUUAGGCUCACCUUCGCAGUUCUUAAGCUCGACCGCCCCAGCUGCGCAAAUACCAACUACACCAUAUAGUCCGGGAUUGGCUGCACCCGGGGCUCCUCAGGUUCCUGGAAUACCAUCUGGCUCUUUUGCUCCGAUAGCUGGUCAUCCAUCAGUCCCACAGUUCGCUGCUCCCCCCAACUUUGCUGGUGCGCAUCAACCAAUUGCUGCCGGCCCCACCUCAGGAUCUCAGCAAAAUCGAGUUGAUCCAGAACAGAUACCAAGCAUUCCAAGGUCUCGCGAUGUGCCCGCGCAGUAUUACCUGGAUCACGUUUAUCCCACCAUGGAGCACCACCUUCCUCCCCCAGCGGCCGUCUCGUACAUAUCGUACGAUCAGGGAAACGCCUCGCCGAAGCUUGCGCGAUUGUCUCUGAACAAUAUACCGUCUACAUUAGAGGCGCUAUCCUCCACAGGUCUUCCUCUUGGAUUGAUACUCCAGCCACUUGGUCCACUUCAGCCCGGUGAACAAACGAUUCCUGUGUUGGACUUUGGCGAAACCGGACCCCCGCGAUGUAGAAGAUGCAGGACCUAUAUAAAUCCGUUCAUGACGUUCCGAUCUGGUGGAAACACAUUGGUCUGCAAUAUGUGUACAUUCCCGAACGAGGUUAGCCCGGAAUAUUUUGCUCCCACAGAUCCUUCUGGGGUGCGUGUAGACAGAACGCAGAGGCCGGAACUCACGAUGGGCACCGUCGAAUUUAUGGUGCCCAAGGAAUACUGGGCCAAGGAGCCUAUCGGGCUGCGGUGGCUGUUCUUAAUUGACGUGAGCCAAGAGGCGUUGAAUAAGGGCUUUUUAGAGGCCUUCUGUGAAGGUAUACUUGGAGCACUAUACGGCGAGGCCGAUGACGCUACUGAGGCAGAAAAGGCCGAAGGAAGAUCUGGUAAAGGACAGCUACCAGCUGGAUCAAAGAUUGGAAUUAUAACUUUUGACAAGGAAAUCCACUUCUACAACUUAAAGUCUAAUCUGGAACAAGCACAAAUGAUGGUCAUGACAGAUAUUGAGGAUCCGUUUGUGCCCCUCAGCGAGGGUCUUUUUGUCGACCCUCAGGAAUCAAAGUCCGUUAUUACUUCCCUCUUGACACAAAUUCCGGCGCUCUUCUCUCAAGUCAAGAACCCUGAACCCGCUCUUUUGCCUACAUUGAACGCUGCACUUUCUGCAUUGUCAUCAACUGGUGGCAAGAUUGUUUGUUCACUUUCAUCGCUCCCAACUUGGGGCCCGGGCCGCUUGUUCCUGCGUGAUAACCAGAAAGUUCAUCAUACGGAUGCGGAGAAGAAGCUUUUCACCACCGAGCAUCCCGGCUUUAGAAAGACGGCCUCGAAAAUGGUUGAGUGCGGAGUGGGAGUUGACAUGUUCUUGGCUGCCGCUGGCGGAGGCUAUCUUGAUGUGGCCACGGUCGGUCAUAUUUCUUCCUUUACUGGCGGAGAAACUUUCUAUUACUCCAACUUUCAUGCGCCUAGAGACUGCUUGAAGCUUUCCAAAGAAAUCAAACAUAGUGUCACUCGCGAGACAGGCUAUCAAGCCCUCAUGAAAGUUCGUUGCUCCAACGGACUACAGGUUUCGUCUUAUCAUGGAAACUUUGUCCAGCAUUCCUUCGGCGCUGAUCUUGAGUUUGGUGUCAUCGACGAGGAUAAAUCGAUUGCAGUUCUAUUCAGUUAUGAUGGUAAACUGGAUCCGAAGCUUGAUGCACACUUCCAGAGCGCCCUCUUGUAUACGACUGCCACAGGUGAACGGCGGGUGAGGUGCUCUAAUGUCGUAGCAAGUGUGAGUGAGGGAGGCACCGAGGUAAUGAGAUUCAUCGACCAGGAUGCUGUGGUAAACAUCAUCGCCAAAGAGGCUGCCUCCCGUAUGACCGAGCGAACCUUGAAGGAAAUCCGUGGCGGAAUUACCGAGAAGACCGUGGACAUACUUGCUGGUUAUAGGAAGAACUUCUCUGGCUCUCACCCACCAGGGCAGUUGGUUCUCCCCGAGAACUUGAAGGAGUUCAGCAUGUAUAUAUUAAGCUUGCUCAAGUCAAGGGCUUUCAAGGGCGGUCAGGAACCUUCAGAUCGACGAGUGCAUGAUAUGCGGAUGAUCAAGUCUAUGGGCGUCUUAGAGCUCUCCUUGUAUCUGUAUCCACGUAUCAUACCGAUCCACAACCUCCAUGACCAAGACGGGUUUCCCAAUGAGAAUGGCCAUCUUCGCAUGCCGCCCACCAUUCGAGCGUCCUUCUCGCGCAUCGAGGAGGGAGGUGCUUACAUUGUGGACAACGGCCAAGUUUGCUUACUAUGGAUUCAUAGUCAAGUAUCUCCCAACUUACUAGUGGAUCUUUUUGGCGAGUCCUACACGUCAUUGCAGUCCCUCGAUCCGCAAUUGUCUUCACUACCUAUUCUCGAAACUCACCUAAACGCGCAAGUCCGGAACAUUUUACAAUACCUCUCUAUUGUUCGCGGCUCGAAAGCUCUUACAAUUCAGUUAGCGCGCCAAGGCUUCGACGGCUCAGAGUAUGAAUUUGCAAGGCUUCUCGUGGAGGACAGGAACAAUGAGGCUCAAAGUUACGUUGACUGGCUGGUUCACGUGCAUCGUCAAAUCCAAUUAGAGCUUGCCGGUCACCGCAAGAAGGAUGAAUCGUUGGAUAAUCUGUCAACCUCCUUUGCGGCGAUGAGAGCGUUCUACUAGUGUCGCAUCUCUUUUACAUAUUCCUUUUGAAAAACAGCUAUCACGCUUCAUCUUUUUUUUGCAUUUUAUGAGUCAUUGUAGUCAGGCCGUUUCAAAUUCCAAGGAGGUCUUCUCGUUUGCAUUUUGGCGCGAACUUUCUUCGUUCUUGUUAGUGGUGGCGCAUCAGCUCCGUGGGUCCAAAUCUUUUUUGACUUCCUUGUGUUUUAUUUUUUUUAUUUUUUAUUUAUUUUUCCAUUUACAGCAUUAUCAUCAUCGUCAUGCACCUUCUAGUGCAUAUAUUGGUACGACCAUUGGGCAUAUAAUAUGUACACUUUUAAGGAUAUUGUCCUGACCGGCCCCUGGCCAGAUCUCUGUACUCACUACAUUACCUACCUAGGCUAUGUGCUCAGUAAAGUGUCCCGGGUUGUUAGUCCAGCUAUGAAAGCUCCGAUCUUCGUACUGUCUUUGCUUCAGACUAUCAUAU